AUGGAGCUCCAGAACUCCACCUUGGGAAGUGGCUUCAUCUUGGUAGGGAUUCUGAAUGACAGUGGGUCUCCUGAAUGUAACUGUGCUACAGUUACAGUCCUGUACAUGUUGGCCCUGACCAGCAAUGGCCUGCUGCUCCUGGCUAUCACCAUGGAAGCUGGGCUCCAUGUGCCCAUGUACUUCCUGCUUGGGCAGCUCUCUCUCAUGGACCUCCUGUUCACAUCUGUUGUCACUCCCAAGGCCCUCGCGGGCUUUCUGUGCAGAGAAAACACCAUCUCCUUUGGAGGCUGUGCCCUUCAGAUGUUCCUGGCACUGACAAUCGGUGGCGCUGAAGACCUCCUACUGGCCUUCAUGGCCUAUGACAGGUAUGUGGCCGUUUGUCAUCCUCUGAAAUACAUGAAUCUCAUGAGCCCAAGAGUGUGCUGGCUCAUGGUGGCCACAUCCUGGAUCCUGGCAUCCCUAAGUGCCCUAGUAUAUACCGUGUACACCAUGCACUAUCCCUUCUGCAAGGCCGAGGAGAUCAGACAUCUCUGGAAAUUCCCACCCUUGUCGAAAUUGGCCUGUGCUGAUACUGCUAGAUAUGAGCUCAUGGUAUAUGUGAUGGGUGUGACCUUCCUGAUUCCCUCUCGUGCUGCUAUACUGGCCUCCUAUACACAAAUUCUACUCACUGUGCUCCAUAUGCCAUCAAAUGAGGGGAGGAAGAAAGCCCUUGUCACCUGCUCUUCCCGCCUAACUGUGGUUGGGAUGUUCUAUGGAGCUGCCACAUUCAUGUAUGUCUUGCCCAGUUCCUUCCACAGCCCCAAACAAGACAACAUCAUCUCUGUUUUCUACACAAUUGUCACUCCAGCCCUGGAUCCCCUCAUCUACAGCCUGAAGAAUAAGGAGGUCAUGGGGGCCUUGAGGAGGGUCCUGGGAAAAUACAUGCUGCCGGCACACUCCACGCUCUAG